GGGGACUGGUUAGGAAGGCCGGCGAACUUCAAAGGGGUAGGUUAUUGUUCAACUUUUUGGUGCGUGACGUCACGACUACCGUGCAUCACAAUACAAUGCAGCGUUGUUCGAAAAUGGUUGAUAGAGAAAUGUUUUGACUUUAAAUUAUUUUUAUUACUGUUUGCUUGACUGAAAAUGCAUAGAUUUUAACUCAAAAACAUGCCUGGAGAUAACUGUUCCGUAGUUGGCUGUGGAACUUGCCGUAAAACCAAGGGAAUUGGAAUAUGGAAGCUUCCAGCACCUCGGAACGAAGCAUAUCGCAAAUGGCGCGAAGAUUGGCUCCAUGAGCUCAAGAAAUACAGAGUUACGGACAGUAACUUCCAACGACAGAUCGAAAAUGACAAAGUAUUUACUUGUGAAAAGCAUUUUCAUGAAAAUGACAUCGAAAUAACCGUAUCAGAGAAAAUGACAAAGAAAAGGCCGAAGUUUGGAGCACUUCCAUUGCUGAGCAUGCCACAGAAGAGCUUUCAAAAACAACCACCAACUCCCAGGCCUUUGAGAUCAUACAAUCAUUUCUGCCAAGUUGUUAAGAACUUAAAUCUAA